GGUUGCCAGAGCCUUCAGUUUACAGAGUCCUAAGAUGAGACUGAAGAAAGGAUCGUUUCUGUGGUACCUCUAUCUGGACAAAAUAUACUGUUUAUUAUCCGUGAGAAACGUGAAGGCUUUGGCGGAAUAUUUUCACAUUCUGGAUGUGCACGGCAAGAACACCUUGAAUGAUGUGCUGUUCUAUCACUUCCUUCAUCAUGUGACUGACUUGAAAAAGGCACAGAUCAACAUUGUGUUUGACAUGCUGGACUGGAACGCUGUGGGCGAGAUCGGCUUUGAGCAGUUCUACAUGCUGGUGUGUAUGCUGCUGGCCCACGAGAACCAUCUGGAAGGACAGUUUAUGUACCGUCAUUCCCGGCCUGUCUUUGACUUGCUUGACCUGAAAGGGGAUCUGAGAAUCGGUGCAAAAAACUUUGGAAUGUACAGAUUUCUCUUCAAUAUUCACAAACAGGAACUCAAAGAUCUCUUCCAUGACUUUGACGUUACAGGUGACAAUCUUCUUAAUUAUCAGGAAUUUAAGCUGUAUACAAUCAUCUACAUUGACAAAUUACAGAGGAGGCAGAAAACAGAGGAGAAAGAAAAAGAAGACGGAAAAAGUGAGAGAACGAGAAGUCUCUACUCGAAAAGAAAAUGUCACAUGAAGUAG